AUGUCAAAGUUCCCAAUAAACAAAUCCAAUGAAGAAUGGAGAGCCAUCUUAUCUCCAGAGCAAUUUCAAAUCUUGAGGAAUAAAGGCACAGAAAGACCAGGAACUGGUGAAUAUUGGAAAACAAAGGCAAAUGGUAUAUACAAUUGUGCUGGUUGUCAAAAUCCUAUUUAUAAAUCCUCUACAAAGUUUGAUGCCCAUUGUGGAUGGCCAGCUUUUUAUGAAGCAAUCCCUGGUUCUCUAGUUUACAAAACCGAUGAAACCUUGGGAAUGACAAGAACUGAAAUGAUGUGUGCUAAAUGUGGUGGCCAUUUAGGUCAUGUGUUCAAAGGUGAAGGUUAUGAUACACCUACUGAUGAGAGACAUUGUGCUAAUUCUAUAGCUUUGAAGUUCGAACCUGAGAAAUAG